CUCUGCUAAACUCUUUAAAAGGCCUCAUUCUCCCCGACAACAAACCAAACUCACCAUGUCUUCUCUUCUCCUCUUCCUUCUACUUGUCUUCACUCUCCCGUUGGUCUCCCUUGCGGUCUCGAAAGCUGAAGUUUCGUAUCUCAUUAAUCGGCAACUUUUGGCUCUAAGAGAACACGAAGAACUCCCAGAUGACUACAAAUAUGAAGUUGAAGUUAAUUCUCAUGAAACUUUCAUAAAUGAGAGGUUGAAGAAGGCUUUUGUUGCCCUCAAAGCUUGGAAAGCCGCCAUAUAUUCGGACCCAUAUAACUUCACUGAAAAUUGGGUUGGCAAUGAUGUCUGUCUUUAUAGGGGCGUUUUUUGUACUUCGGCCCUUGAUGACUCCACUGUUGAGGUUGUGGCUGGCAUUGAUUUGAACCAUGCUGAUAUUGCAGGCUACUUGCCACCCGAGCUUGGACUCUUGACAGAUUUGGCAUUGUUCCAUAUCAACUCUAAUAGGUUUUGUGGGAUAAUUCCUCAUAGCUUUUCUAAGCUCACUCUCAUGUUUGAGUUUGAUGUCAGUAACAACCGCUUCGUUGGCCAUUUUCCAGAAGUUGUUUUUUAUUGGCGUAUCGCUAAGUACCUCGAUCUUAGGUUCAAUGACUUUGAAGGAGAAGUCCCACCGGCACUCUUCACUAUGAACUUCGACGCCAUAUUCUUAAACAACAAUAGAUUUAGUUCCUUCAUCCCGAAUACUAUUGGAAACUCCACUGUCUCCGUUGUGUCCUUUGCGUACAACUACUUCCAUGGCUGCAUUCCCCAAACCAUUGGCCAAAUGAGCAGCCUCAACCAGGUUCUCUUCAUCGGCAACAACCUCGAUGGUUGUCUCCCAGUCGAGAUUGGAAAGCUUGUCAAUCUAACGGUGCUUGAUAUCAGCAACAAUAGCUUUCCUGGUUGGUUGCCCACGUUGUCGGGACUCAAGAAUUUGCAGUGUCUUGAUGUUAGUUACAAUGAACUCAGGGGCUCUAUUUCUGGGGAGAUAUGCAAAUUGCCUCGUUUAGGUGGCUUUAAUUACUCCUCUAAUUAUUUUAAUCAGCAAGAUAAAGAAUGUGUGGGAUCUAAAGAUUCAAAAAAGAUUUUUAGUGACGUUCAUAAUUGCUUGCCCAAUCGCCCGGAGCAGAGAGAUGUUGAGAGUUGCAGCUCUUUUAUGAUGAAGUCGGUGAAGUGUAGAGGUUGUGGUGAAGAUCCAGCUAUUCCAUCCUCACCUCAUCAUCAUCAUCAUCAUCAUCAUGAAGUUCCAUCUCCGCCGCCGCCGACCGAGUCUCCGCCGCCGCCGACCGAGUCUCCGCCGCCGACGACCGAGUCUCCGACACCACCGACCGAGUCUCCGACACCACCGACCGAGUCUCCGCCGCCGACGACCGAGUCUCCGCCACCGCCAGUGUACUCUCCCCCACCUCCGACCGCAUCCCCGCCACCGCCAGUGUACUCUCCCCCACCUCCGACCGCAUCCCCGCCGCCGCCAGUGUACUCUCCCCCACCUCCGACCGCAUCCCCGCCGCCGCCAGUCUACUCUCCCCCACCUCCGACCGCAUCCCCGCCGCCGCCAGUCUACUCUCCCCCACCUCCGACCGCAUCUCCACCGCCACCGACUGCAUCUCCACCGCCACCCAUCCCCUCUCCACCGCCACCCAUCCCCUCUCCACCGCCACCCAUCCCCUCUCCACCGCCACCCGUCCACUCUCCCCCUCCUCCUACUGCAUCUCCACCUCCUCCCGAGCACUCUCCACCUCCUCCGACCGCAUCUCCUCCUCCUCCUCAUGGUGCUUCUCCACCACCGGCGAUCGAAGACCUCAUCCUACCACCAAACAUUGGUUUCCAAUAUUCAUCUCCACCACCACCACANGCAUCUCCCCCUCCUCCUACCGCAUCUCCGCCUCCUCCUACCGCAUCUCCGCCUCCUCCUACCGCAUCUCCCCCUCCUCCUACCGCAUCUCCCCCUCCUCCUACCGCAUCUCCGCCUCCUCCUCCCGCUGCUUCUCCACCACCGGCAUUCGAAGACCUCAUCCUACCACCAAACAUCGGUUUCCAAUAUGCAUCUCCACCACCACCACAGUUCCCCGGAUAUUGAGUAGUCUCGUCUUUCUUCAUAUUAUUUCUUGAUAUUUUUUCAAUAUUGUAGCUUUUUACUUGAAUAAAGAGAGAAGUUUUGCCCAA